UGUAGUAUUUAGUUCCGCCGCCAAGCACACUCUUUGCACUACCUUGUCGCUAGCCUUCUCUGUUCCGUGUUUUCCUCUUCGCCCGCUGCCUGAGGGUGUGUUUGGCGACGACUGCCCUCGCCACGCCCGCCGAGCAAGGCCGAGGUGAGACGUCUGAGUCGACUCGAAAGCCUUGACGUUUGGAGUCACUCUAAUACUACGCGAGCCGCCGCGCGUUCCCUUUCGCCCUAGCCGCCAUCAAGGCGAUCGGCGUCUGCAAGAGUUCGCACCGCGCAUCGCAGAACUUCUGGGUUGAAACACGCUUCCCAUUGACUUGCGUGACUCUCAGCAUGGCAGCGGUCGCGCAUCUUCCAAAUGAUUUGAACGAUCCAGGAACAAUCGCCUUGGCUUCUGAACUAAUUUCAUCUGAACUACUUUCCCUUCAGCCACCCUCCGACCUCGAUUUCGACGACGCCACCGACACCACAUCAACCACGACCAAGGCCACGUCAGUCUUCGCUAACACCACGUCAGAGCCAUGGGAGGAGGCAAUGCGCGCCCAGCUCGCCUCGUGGUUCGAGGACCCGGACUUUGUCGACGAGCUUCCGUCAAUGACGGUCGCCGUCGGAGAUAACGGCGUCGGUUUGAAGCUUGACGGCGACGCGACAGUCGCGCUUCCGCCGGACGCCCUGUUCUCUAUGCUGUGCGACGCGCACAACCGACGCGUGUUUAAGAACAUCAAGGCGGCGAGGAACGAGCGCGUCGUGAGUGACUGUAACGGGGUGAAGGUGACCGAGGUGGACGUCACGUUCGUCUUCAAGCUCCCCCCCUUUACAGGAACAUUCGACUCGCAUCUGCGCUUCACGUACGAUCGUCCAAACCGCAAGAUGACCUUCACCCAAACCUGCCCCGGCUUCAUGCGCAAGUUCGAGGGCUACUGGCAGGUCGAGCCGCUCUUCGUCCCUGCUUCCGCCGCACCUUCCUCGAGUUCUUCCCCCUGCUCCUCGUCCUCCCCCGCUUUUGCGCCCUCUUCUCCCUCCCGCCCUUCUUCCCCCACUUCCUCCGCCCCUUCCCCCCCAUACGGAACCUUUGGCUCCUCCUCCCCUCAGUCGCCGCUCUCAGCUGUUCCUUUUCCGGGCAGCCCGUGCGACCGCGAUUGGGCUUCGGAACUCGCGGGAGCUUUCGCCGCGAGCGGCGGCGGCGGCGGCGGCGUGCGCGUGGCGUCGCGGCUGGUGCUGCAUCAGUUCGUGCUGCCGCCCAUCGCGCCGCCCUCCAUUUUCAAGCGCUGCCUUCGCUCCCUGCUUCGCGACUCUACGCGCGACUUGCUCGUGAUUUUCCAGACCGAAGCCGCGCGGAUCCGCCGCAACAAUGGGAAGGAGGAGGCGGAGGGGGAGGGGGAGAAGGGGAAAGCGGGGAAGAGCUCGAAGCUGGGUGCGCUGUUUCUGCACAAGGAGACGCUCGGGGGGAAGAAGGGCGGGCUGGGAUCGCAGAAGGGGGGUUUCGGAUUUAAAGCGAGGAAAAUGUGAGGUGCGGAAACAACUGUGCCUUUCCGUGCAGUGCAGUUGGUAGUACCUCGGUGGGGACUGCACAUGAUACAGUUCAGCCUCGAAGGCUGUGCGUGCUACCUGUGACUGGUGUGCAACACAGUGCGGUGCGGUGCCAUGCUCAUGUAGCUGUUUAGGCAGUGCUGUGAGGAGGCUGGGAAUCAGGCAGAGUUGGGCUCUUAUGCAUGGUGCUGACAGCAGCAGCAGCAGUCAAUAUUUAUAGAGCAACUGUAGGUGCUCUGACGCAGGACGUGUGGUCCCUGGUGUUGUCAGCAGCAUGCUUUUGAGCAGAGUGUGAAGGGGUCAUAGGAUUGAUCAGCCUCAGCCGUCAGGAUGAUUUUUUUGGGUUACGGAGCAACCUAUUGCAAUCGAUCGGGCUGGUUUUUUUUUCAAGUUUGUGAAAUAAAAAUCAAAUGUUUGUUGUGAU